AUGACGUGUUCAACAGCAAUACUUUCGUAUAAUUUUUAUUCGAACAUUUACUCGAGUCGAAGAAAUGAGCAAUAUCAACGAUUUCUUGUUGAUAAAAGAGAUCUUGAUGAUGCACACAUCAAAUUAAGUGAAGACAUUCGAGUGUUACAUGAAGAUUAUUUCAAUACAACACAUCUGGCGUGUCGGUAUCCGAAAUUGUUAAUUGAUAAUCCGGAAAUUUGGAAACAUCUCAAUCCAGUCAAAGAAUCACAGCCAGAUUGUGAGAAAUCAACGAAUUGGGUCUAUGUUGAAAAUGGUACUUUUCGACUAUCACAACAAGCCUUGCAAAAACAUGGACCUAUUGUCUGUGCUUAUCGUCCUAUUCUUCGAUCUAAAGAUGAUUUUUCCACAAUGGAGGGUGCUCGUUUAUUUCCUGUUGUUGAUAAAAUGCCAUUAGUAUCUGACUUUUUUCGUGCUGAUUGUCGGGCACGUGAUGGCAGUUUUUACUCGAAUAUACAUUUAGGUAUUACAUUUGAUGCUGGUCUACAUAUGAGACAUAUCUGGAAUCCGAUGAUGAAAACUCAUCUAGGAUACAAUGUUUUGAUGUUUGGCUUCGAUUCUGUGUCGCGUUAUAAUAUUGUUGGUGAUGGCACGCCUGCUGCUCUUUUACCGAUAUUAACUGGCCAAACCGAACAAGAAUUACCUGAAGCUCGACGUGGUCGUGAGGGUGCAGAUACCGUUGAUCGGUUUCCUUGGAUUUGGAAUAAAUUUAAAGAUAAUGGUUAUAUCACACAAUGGGCUGAAGAUUUGCAAAAUGUGGGUACAUUUCAAAUGCGCUUGAAAGGCUUUCGUGAACAGCCGGUGGAUCACUAUGGUCGUCCAUUCUAUCUCGUCGCUGAAUCGAUGCGAACAUCAAAACCGUUUUGUUUUGGUUCUAUCACACGAUUGCAAACAAUGCUCAACUGGAUGCGUGAUUUGUUUGAUAUGUAUCCAAGUCAACCGAAAUUUUCGUUUUUAUUUCAUUCGCAGUAUUCUCACGAUACUAACGAUCGUCUCCCGUAUGGUGAUGAUGAACUGCUGGAAUUUCUGAAAUUGAUGAAUGAACGUGGUUAUUUUGAUAAUACAAUGUUUAUUUUAAUGAGUGAUCAUGGUGCUCGUUUCUCUUCAUUGAGAAAAACUUAUCAAGGUAAACUUGAAGAACGUUUGCCAUUCCUGUCGAUUCGUAUGCCGAGAAAAUUUCAAGAAAAAUAUCCGGAAAUCAUGUCGAACUUACGUUUAAAUUCUCAUCGUUUAACAACGCCAUUCGAUCUACAUGAAACAUUCGAACAUCUGUUUGACUUCCAUUCGUCUGAUCCAUAUCAACCGAAAACCAACCGCUCAUACAGUCUCUUUCAACUAAUACCUGAAAAUCGAACUUGUCUACAAGCUGAUAUCGAACAACACUGGUGUGCAUGUUUAAACUGGAAUAACAUCUCAAUCGAUCAACCGAUUAUUCGACGAUUCGGACAACAAGCUGUUGCGUUUCUCAACGCUUUCGUUUCUGAUUACAAAAGCGACUGUGCACAAUUGAGCUUAUUUCGUAUACACAAAGCCAGUCAAUUGGAGGCGAAUGAUCGUUUAUUAAAAUUUGAUGGUUCGGUGGAUUACGAUGGACGUAUACCUACUUUUCAAAAUCAUACAGCCAUAACGAAUGCAACGAAGAAUCUACUAUCGAAUCAAACCGACUUUUAUCAAAUACAAUUUGAAACUGUCCCUGGACAUGCUCUAUUUGAAUUAACUGCUGAAUAUCAUCAAGCGAAUGAAACAUUUCUAAUUAAGAAGAAGCGUUUGAGUCGAAUGAAUAAAUAUGGUCAAACAUCAGUUUGUAUUGCGCUUAAAAGACCUGAAUUUCGCGAGAUUUGUUAUUGUUCAAAUUUGUUAAUAAGCACGAACAAACCGAGUGCAAAAAUUGUUGAUACUGUUAUGAAUAAUGAGAAAAUUUUAAUAAAAACACAAAAGACUGUUACGAAUAGUAGUAGUCUUCUGUUUUGA